GAACUGUUGCCCGAGUCUCUCAUCUUUGAAUUCUCUCCAGCUCCUUCAAAUACCCCGCAAUUCUAUCGCCAAAUCAUGCUUCAGAAUCCUUGCAGAACAGUGGUCUUAACAUGUCUAAGGAAUCCAAAACACAUCCCUUCUUUUCCAUUCUUUUUUUCAACUUCUUUGCCUUCCUCCAUGCACACACAGCACUCCAAACCUACAUUGUUCAGCUCCAUCCACAUGGCACCACAAGGCCUUUGUUCUCCUCCAAGCCUCGAUGGCAUCUCUCGUUUCUUGAAAGAAGUGUUUCGUCUGAAGAACACCAUUCCUCUCGGCUUCUUUACUCUUACAGUUCUGCCAUGGAGGGUUUUGCGGCUAUGCUCUCUGAAUCAGAGAUGGAGUCAUUGCAAAAGUUGCCUGAUGUUGUUGCUAUUAGACCAGACAUGAGGUUCCACCUCCAGACAACAUAUUCCUACAAGUUCUUGGGACUUAGCCCCACAAGAGAAAAUGCUUGGUACAAGUCUGGGUUUGGUCGUGGAGUGAUAAUUGGGUUGCUUGACACUGGAGUUUGGCCCGAGAGUCUAAGUUUCAAUGAUCAAGGAAUGCCUCCGGUUCCCAAGAAGUGGCGAGGGAUUUGCCAAGAAGGACAAGACUUUAAUUCGUCAAAUUGUAAUAGAAAACUUAUUGGUGCAAGGUUCUUCACUAAAGGUCACCGUAUUGCUUCUACCUCAGCUUCACCAGAAAAUGUCCAGGAAUAUGCAUCACCAAGAGAUUCGCAUGGACAUGGCACUCACACAACAUCCACAGCUGGAGGAGUCUCAGUCCCGAUGGCAAGUGUGCUUGGUCUAGGUUCUGGUGUGGCUCGAGGCAUGGCCCCUGGAGCACACGUUGCAGUGUACAAAGUCUGCUGGUUCAGCGGUUGCUACAGCUCUGAUAUCCUAGCAGCUAUGGACGUUGCGAUUAGAGAUGGAGUUGACGUCCUCUCCCUCUCUCUGGGUGGCUUUCCAUUGCCACUUUUUGCAGAUACCAUUGCGAUUGGCAGUUUUCGGGCAAUGGAGCAUGGAAUCUCAGUUGUAUGUGCAGCAGGGAACAAUGGCCCUAUCCAAAACUCAGUUGCUAACGAAGCUCCAUGGAUUGCUACUAUUGGUGCAAGCACACUUGAUAGGAGAUUUCCAGCUUUUGUCCAGUUGGACAAUGGACAAUUCCUUUAUGGAGAAUCCAUGUAUCCCGGGAACCGGUUAUCAAGCACCACAAAAGAACUUGAAGUGGUUUAUGUAACAGGCGGAGACAAUGGGAGUGAAUUUUGUUUCAGAGGUUCUCUCCCAAGGGAAAAAGUUCUCGGGAAAAUAGUGGUUUGUGACAGGGGUGUUAAUGGGAGGACAGAGAAAGGACUUGCUGUGAAGGAGUCUGGUGGGGCUGCAAUGAUCUUAGCCAAUACCGCAAUCAAUCUGCAGGAGGACUCGGUUGAUGUCCAUGUCUUGCCUGCAACAUCAAUUGGUUUUAAUGAAGCAGUUCGCUUGAAAGCUUACUUAAACUCUACUAGUAAACCUCAUGCUCGAAUUGUAUAUGGAGGAACUGUUAUUGGGAAAUCUAGAGCACCAGCAGUAGCACAGUUUUCAGCUCGAGGACCGAGUUAUUCCAAUCCCUCAAUCCUCAAACCAGAUGUAAUUGCACCAGGAGUCAACAUAAUUGCAGCUUGGCCUCAAAAUCUGGGUCCCUCCAGUCUCCCGGAAGAUACUAGAAGGACAAAUUUCACAGUCAUGUCAGGGACAUCCAUGGCUUGUCCCCAUGUUAGUGGAAUUGCUGCCCUCAUCCGCUCAGCUCACCCCAACUGGACUCCUGCAGCCGUUAAAUCUGCAAUAAUGACUACUGCAGAUGUAACUGACCAUUCAGGACAUCCAAUAAUGGAUGGAGAUAAACCGGCAGGAGUUUUCGCCAUUGGAGCUGGACAUGUAAACCCAGAAAGAGCCCUGAGUCCAGGACUAAUAUAUGAUAUCAGGCCAGAUGAUUAUAUCACUCAUCUAUGCACUCUAAGAUACACAAGAUCAGACAUUUUUACUAUCACACAGAGGAAUGUUAGUUGCAAUGCUUUAUUGCAGAUGAAUAGGGGUUUCAGCCUCAAUUAUCCUUCCAUUUCCAUAAUCUUCAAGCACGGAACAAGAAGUAAGAUGAUAAAGAGGCACGUAACGAAUGUUGGAAGUCCUAAUUCCAUCUACUCAGUUGAAGUUACAGCACCUGAAGGAGUCAAAGUGAGAGUAAGACCUCAAAGGCUAAUUUUCAAGCACAUAAAUCAAAGUUUGAGUUACAAAGUAUGGUUCAUAUCAAGAAAGAAAGCAGGAAGAGGGGAGGCAGACUUCGCAGAAGGGCAUUUGACAUGGGUGCACUCUCAACAUGGACCUUACAAGGUUAGAAGCCCCAUUUCAGUGACCUGGAAGUGACAUGGGCGGUGCCGGUUUUGUGUACCACAACAGCCUGCUUUUACGUGCUAUUAGUAUUGCCUCAGAGGAUAAUGAUCAUUAAGAAUUGGUGGAGUUUGCAUUAAUGAAGAAAGUUAAUCUCUUAUAAGUUGCAGUGACCUGGAAGUGACAUGGGCGUUUUGUGAACUACAGUAGACUGCUUUUAUUUGCUAUUAGUAUUGCCUCGGGAUCAUGAUCAUUGAGAAUUGCUGGAGUUCUCAUUGAUAAAGAAGUUUAUCUUUUUUAAGUUGAAGUUUAAUGUACAAUUGAACUCUGAGUGCAUUUUUUUCAAGGUAAUAAAGUUUUACUACCCUUCAUUCUUGAACAAAA